AAGUGAAAAUUGUGUACGUUACUGUCGUGUCCACAUAAAUUUUGUUAUUCAUUUCGUAAGGUUCUUUACGUAAAGUACCUCUGUAUUUUUUUCUAAUGCAACUACAUUAAAGCAAAAAGACUGUAAUAACGAACGCAUCAUUAUGGGUUUUAAAUUUUUAGAAGUAAUCAAGCCUUUCUGUAGUAUUCUACCAGAAAUAGCCAAACCUGAAAGAAAAAUUCAAUUUAGAGAAAAAGUAUUAUGGACUGCUAUUACUUUAUUCAUUUUUCUAGUAUGCUGUCAAAUACCUCUUUUUGGUAUUAUGAGUUCAGACUCAGCAGAUCCUUUCUAUUGGAUUCGUGUUAUUUUAGCCUCUAACCGUGGUACUCUUAUGGAACUUGGAAUAUCUCCUAUUGUUACAUCGGGCUUAAUCAUGCAAUUGUUGGCUGGAGCUAAGAUUAUUGAAGUUGGAGAUACACCUAAAGAUAGAGCAUUAUUCAAUGGCGCUCAAAAAUUAUUUGGAAUGGUCAUUACUGUUGGUCAAGCUAUUGUUUACGUUAUGACUGGAAUGUAUGGUGAUCCUAGUGAAAUUGGAGCUGGUGUUUGUUUAUUAAUCAUUAUUCAAUUAUUUGUUGCUGGUCUUAUUGUAUUGUUAUUGGACGAAUUAUUGCAAAAAGGUUAUGGACUUGGUUCAGGAAUAUCACUUUUCAUUGCUACUAACAUUUGUGAAACAAUUGUUUGGAAGGCAUUCAGCCCUACCACAGUAAACACUGGACGAGGAACUGAAUUUGAAGGUGCUGUUAUUGCAUUAUUUCAUCUUUUGGCCACUAGACAAGAUAAAGUUAGAGCUUUAAGAGAAGCAUUUUACCGACAAAACUUACCAAAUUUGAUGAAUUUAUUAGCAACUGUCUUAGUCUUUGCCAUUGUAAUCUAUUUCCAAGGUUUCCGAGUUGAUCUUCCAAUCAAAUCAGCAAGAUAUCGUGGUCAAUACAGCAGUUAUCCUAUCAAAUUGUUUUAUACAUCUAAUAUACCUAUCAUUUUGCAAUCAGCAUUAGUAUCCAACUUAUAUGUUAUAUCUCAGAUGUUAGCUGUUAAAUUCCAUGGAAACAUUUUAGUAAACUUACUCGGUGUGUGGGCUGAUGUUGGUGGUGGUGGACCAGCCCGAGCUUAUCCAAUUGGUGGUCUUUGUUAUUAUUUAUCACCUCCAGAAAAUCUAUCACAUAUUGCUGAAGAUCCAAUACAUGCUAUUUUAUAUAUUGUAUUUAUGUUGGGAUCAUGUGCAUUCUUUUCUAAAACAUGGAUUGAUGUUUCAGGCUCAUCUGCAAAGGAUGUUGCUAAACAACUCAAAGAACAACAAAUGGUAAUGCGUGGUCACAGAGAUAACUCAAUGAUUCAUGAGCUGAAUAGAUACAUUCCUACAGCUGCUGCAUUUGGUGGUCUUUGUAUAGGCGCAUUGUCUGUUCUAGCUGAUUUUAUGGGUGCCAUUGGAUCAGGAACUGGUAUCUUGUUGGCAGUUACCAUCAUUUAUCAAUAUUUUGAAAUAUUUGUUAAAGAGCAAAGUGAAAUGGGAGGCAUGAGUACUCUGUUGUUCUAAAAUGUUAAACAGAUAAAUUUAAGUUCACGAACUUAUUGUUUACUCAUCAUGUCCCUAUGGGACAAGACUGUUGUCGUAGUCCAUGCAUAAUGAACUUCAGAAACUUAUUUGGAAAAUUUGUUUUUUUUUUCAAACAAUAAAAAAUCAUUGAUAACAACAUUGGCAUUAAUUAAUAAUUCAAAAAAUUUCAUUAAAAAUUUUUCUAACGACACAUUUAUAUUUAUUUGUUAUAAUUUUUUUUUUGUAAAUUAUAUUAAUGUUAGAUAAUAGGAAAUUUAUUAUUUAUAUAUUUUUUUUUUCUUAAAGCUUAAAUUGUAUAAAUGUUGCAUUUUGUAACAUUCUUCCUAAUUUUUAUAAUGUAAAUACUUACAGUAAGUUAAUUUUCUUAGCAGUAAAUUGAUUAAAGGAUAUUUUGAGAAAAGUAAUAUAUAUAUA